AUGUCUCUCACUCCCCCAAUCAAACUCGCCAUCCUCGACGACUACCACAACAUCGCCGCCCCCCACUUCGCCCACAUCGACAAAUCCAAACUCCACAUCACGACCUUCACAGACACUCUCCCCGCAUACUCACACCCAUCAACCAGCGAUGCAGACCGCGCCGCCCUCAUCGCCCGGCUCCAGCCAUUCUCCGUGCUAUCCACCAUGCGCGAACGCACACCACUAACAUCCGACCUCCUGCAGCACCUGCCGAACCUCAAACUCAUCCUCGCCACCGGCGACGGCGCAGGCACCCAGUCUCCCCGCGCCCUGCCCGUCAAGCAAGGCGGCGGCCACCCAACGACCCAGCACGCGUGGGCGCUUAUCCUCGCGCUCGCGCGCAACGUCGCGGCGGACGACGCGGCCGUCAAGGCCGGUGGGUGGCAGACUGACCUCGCGAUCGGGCUGCCGGGCAAGACGCUCGGCCUCGUGGGACUGGGGCGCUUGGGAUCGCACGUAGCGCGCGUCGGGGUGCUGGCGUUUGGUAUGAAGAUUGUGUGCUGGAGCGCGAACUUGACGCAGGAAAAAGCAGAUGCAAUGGCGCACGAGGUGGGGCUACCCGUGACGGGUGGCGGGAUGGCAGAGGAGGGGGAGAAGACGUUUCGGGUGGUGAGUAAGGAGGAAGUGUUUGGGAGUGCGGAUGUGGUUUCGGUGCAUUAUGUGCUGAGUGAGCGGUCGAGGGGGUUGGUGGGCAAGAGGGAAUUGGCGUGCAUGAAGACGUCGGGGUUGCUGGUUAAUACGUCUAGAGGACCGUUGGUUGAUGAAGCGGCUCUGUUGGAUACGUUGAGGCAUGGAAGGAUAAGGGGCGCGGCGUUGGAUGUUUUUGAUAUUGAGCCGUUGCCGGCGGAUAGUCCCUGGCGCAGUGAGGAUUGGAACGUGAAGGGGAAAUCGAGGGUGCUGUUGACGCCGCACAUGGGGUAUGUGGAAGAAGGGACGAUGGGGGUUUGGUACGAGGAGACAGUGGAGAAUGUGGAGAGGUUGAUUGAAGGGAGGGAGUUGUUGCAUGUGAUCACUUGA